AUGUUCGUCCAAGGCUUCUGGUUCGGCUCCAAGCUCGUCAGGGGGAAUAAGAUUUCCGCUGGGGACGUGAUGGCGGUCUUCUGGGCGUGUCUUAUCGCAACGAGCAACAUGCAGAUGUGCUUUCCCCAAUUCAUCAUUCUUGCCAAAGGGAAAUUCUCAACGGUCUCCCUCAUCUCCCUUGCUACAUCCACACCGCAGUCCAGAAACCUCCGCGUACUCAAGAAGAUCACACCACCUCGGUGUUCUGGCGAACUGGCACUCCACAACGUCACCUUUGCGUACCCAUCACGUCCCACCAUUCCCGUCCUCUCCAACAUUGGACACAUCACCAUCGACGAGCAAGACGUCCGGUUCCUCGACGACGGGCGGAUGAAAGCCCAUGUUGCUGGGGUGAGCCAGAGCGGAGUUGUCAUCCUUGACGGGAAGAGCGUAUUCGAGAACCUAGCUGCUGGCGUGUUUGGUCGACGGGUACACGCUGUGGCGAAGGAAGAAGUGGAGGAUGUGUGUGGUGCGGCGCUGAUGCACGAGUGCGUGCGUGAUCUGCUGAAUGGGUAUGAUACCCUGCUCGGUGGGGACGCUGCUGGUGUUGGGCUUAGUGAUGAGGCGACUUCCGCGCUGGACGCUACUUCGCGCACUCUCGUAUUUGAAGCCAUCAAGCGGUGGCGGAAGAGGUUGCGAAGGGGUAUCACGAGUGCACUCAUCUACCUGGCUGAAGCAGUUGUGUUCUACGUUGGUGCCAUCAUCAUCGCCCGUGGGACCUACACCUACCUCCAAAUGGUUGAAGUCCUCAACCUCGUUGUAUUCCCUGUGACUAUCGGUUCCCUUCUCAUGCCCUUCACUGAGAAGGUCGCGAGGUCUGGACAAGCUGCUAGCGACUUCAACCGACUUCUGCAGCUCGACAUAACAUCCACUGACGAAUCCAAGGGCGUCGUCCGCCCUGAACUCGCAGGCAGAAUCAACUUCAACAACGUCCAUUUCUUCUACGCCGGGCGACCAGCAGUUCUCGUUCUCAGGAACAUCAACCUCUCAAUCGACGACGGCGAGUGCAUCGCAAUCGUUGGCCCCUCGGGCUCCGGCAAGUCCACGCUCGCCGCCCUCCUCCAGCGUCUGUACGAACCCACCAUUGGCGCCAUCACCAUCGGCUUGAACAGACUCUGCAAUAUUGAGGUCAACCACCUCCGUGAUCACGUCUCUGUGGUAUCACAACACCCUAACCUCUUCGACGCCACCACCGCAGAGAACAUCCGGUAUGGAAACCAAGCCAUCUCGGACUACGACAUCCGCCGUGCUGCAAAGGCCGCGCAGGUAGGAGUGGGUCGGGGAGUUGUAAUUGUUCGAUCUCUGCUGGAUUGA